AUGCGCGCUAUCCAAGUAAAGAAAUACGUCAAGGGACCCCUCGACCUCACUGUCUCCACCCUCCCGACUCCAUCUCCCUCCCCCUCCGCCUACCUAAUCGAAAUACACUCCGCGGGGACAAACUUCUUCGACCUGCUCCAAAUCCGUGGCAAAUACCAGCACCAGCCCCGUUUCCCCUGGGUCAGCGGCUCCGAGUUCGCAGGCACAAUCGCCGCCGUCCCGACGUCAGGCGGGCCAUGGAAGUACAAGGUCGGAGACCGGGUGUUUGGCGCCACACAGGGCGCGUAUGCGACGCACGUCCUUGCUUCGGAGUCAACCCUACUCCCUGUGCCGCAACGGUGGAGCUUUGAAGAUGCGGCCGGGUUGUUUGUCACGGCCCCGACGUCGUACGGCGGCUUGGUGCACCGAGCGAAUGUACAGCCUGGGGAGUGGGUGCUUGUCCAUGCGGCUGCUGGGGGUGUGGGCCUCGCGGCGGUGCAGAUUGCAAAGGCCCGCGGGGCGACAGUAAUCGCGACGGCGGGGACGGAGAGGAAGAGGGAGGUUGCGAAGGCGUUUGGGGCCGACUACGUGAUUGAUUAUCGGGAUAAAACGUGGCCUGAGAAAGUCAAAGCGCUUUGUGCGGAGCACCGGCAGGGGAAUGGGAAGGCCGGCGUGGAUGUCGUCUACGAUCCCGUGGGCAUGAUCGAUGCGAGCUUGAAGUGUGUUGCGUGGAAUGCCAGGCUGUUGGUUAUUGGGUUCGCGGCGGGGAGUAUCGAAAAGGUGGCGCUGAACCGAGUAUUGUUGAAGAAUGUUAGCAUUGUCGGGUUGCACUGGGGGCAGUAUGCGAAAUUUGAGCAGGAGACGGUGGGUGUCGUUUGGAAGGGCAUCUUUGAUCUGAUUGCGCAGGGCAAGUUCAAGGGGACAGCGUUCAAGGACGAAAGCUUUGUCGGGCUGGAGUGCGUUCCCAAGGCACUGCAGGCGCUUGGAGGUCGGGAGACCUGGGGAAAGGUCGUGGUCCAGGUCAUAGACGAUAAGGCUAAGCUGUGA